AGCCUGAUAAAAUCAUUAAAACCGAAACAAAAUAAAAAAAAAUGGUUGGGGUUUUACAUUACAUUGGCCGGAGGAGUGUCAAGAUUAAAAACAGCUCUGCUUUAUUUAAUUUAUUCGAGGAGAUUUUAAGUUUCAAUCACAAAACUAUUUUAAGCAGUUUUUAUAUUAUUUCUUUGGCGGUUUUUAUGUGGUCCUUUGCUCCAGCCACUGCCAAGACAUAUCACAGUGAAGAUUUUAAUACCGUCCGUCAUCAUCGUCAGCAUUUAAGUCGCCAGCCAAGACAGCAAAAAGACUCGUUUAAUGAGGAAAAGGGUUAUUGUGCCCCCUAUAAUGGGAAAAUUUGCAAGAACUUUAUAACCCAUCAGGUGUGGUAUAGUCGAGAUGAUCCUACGGGUGGUUGGAAAAAUGAACAGAUUACCACUGCCUUGUGGGAAGAACUAAUUGGAGAUUUGACGGGUCUUUGUCGUGCCGCGGCAGAGAAACUUCUUUGCUCUUAUGCAUUUCCUAGAUGUUUAAUGGAAAAUGGUGUUACUAUUAAACUGCCUCUGUGCUAUGAAGACUGUUCCGCCAUUCAUUUACAAUACUGUUACAAUGAUUGGGUAUUAAUUGAGGAAAAGAAGGAGCGCAAUAUCUUCAUUAAGAGUCGUGGCCACUUUCGUUUACCCAACUGCUCAAUACUACCCAAGUACAAUAGCACUACACAAAGGCCUAGUUGUUCAUAUGUGGGUUUAACGGAAGUCAAGGAGGAUGAAGUUAGUUAUGACUGUCGCAAUGGUAAUGGCCGUUACUAUUUAGGCACUAUGAACGUUACGAAAUCGGGUAUACCAUGUCAGAGAUGGGACACACAACAUCCCCAUAAACAUAUACAGCCACCCCUAAUAUUUCCGCAAAUAAAAAAUGGUGAAAAUUAUUGUCGCAAUGCGGGUGGAGAAGAACCAUAUCCCUGGUGCUAUACAGUAGAUGAAUCAGUGCGCUGGCAACAUUGUGAUAUUCCAAUGUGUGCGGACUACAUAGAUCAUUCGCUAAAGGAUAUGGAACCCAUACAAAUGGAGGCGUUCUUUACACCCUACGUAAUAUUCAUGUUAGCUGGUUUCGGUUUUAUAGCCAUUGUUGCUCUUCAUCUACUCAUAUUAUUGUUGUACAAAAUUUCUAAAAAUAAAGAAUUCCAUCAGCAACAAUCUAAUCAGAAUCCCAACUCAGAAUGCAAUAUUUCGACGAGGGGAGUAAAUGCUGUUAAUACAACGCCAGCCAAUAAUAUUGACUGUAAUAAUCUAUCCUCAAGUCGUGAGACUUUGGGUUCUCAUCAGACUGUGGGCCAUAAUAAAUUUGGUACUAUUAAAAGUACGGUGACGGUACAUAAUGUCAUAGAACCUCCAAAGACAGCUUUGAAUACGAAAUUGGAAAAAUUAGAGUAUCCUCGGGGUGAUGUGGUCUAUGUGAGAUCGUUGGGCCAGGGAGCAUUUGGUAGAGUAUUUCAGUCCAAAGCUCCCGGUUUAGUGCCCGGUUACGAUGAUCUUAUGGUGGCGGUGAAAAUGUUAAAAGAUGAUGCCAGCGAUCAAAUGCAAAUGGAUUUUGAAAGAGAAGCCUGCCUUCUAGCGGAAUUCGAUCACCCCAAUAUUGUCAAGCUAUUGGGAGUUUGUGCUCUUGGUCGGCCCAUGUGCUUACUUUUUGAAUUUAUGUCGCCCGGUGACCUUAGUGAAUUUUUAAGAUCAUGUUCUCCUUAUGCCACUCACACACUGCAGCAAAGAGAGACCCUGCAUGCCGGUCAUCUGCUGCAAAUCGGAGCUCAAGUGGCAGCCGGUAUGGUGUAUUUAUCGGAACGUAAAUUUGUACAUCGUGAUUUGGCCACGCGCAACUGUUUGAUAAACGAACAAAUGACUGUAAAAAUAGCCGAUUUUGGUUUAUCGCAUAAAAUCUAUUUACAGGAUUAUUACAAGGGCGAUGAAAAUGAUGUCAUACCCAUACGUUGGAUGCCGUUGGAAAGUAUAUUGUAUAAUAAAUUUUCCAUAGAAUCGGAUGUCUGGGCUUAUGGUAUUUGUUUAUGGGAAAUAUUUUCAUUCGCUCUGCAACCCUACUACGGCCUAACGCAUGAGGAAGUUAUUAAAUACAUUAAAGAGGGCAAUGUUCUAUGUUGUCCCGAUAAUACGCCCAUGUCGGUGUAUGCACUGAUGCGCCGCUGCUGGAAUCGCAAAUCCUGUGAAAGACCCAACUUCCAUGAAAUCAAUCAUUGUAUACAGCACAGUAUAGCGGAGUAUGAGUGUAAAACGGCAUUAGAUAUGGGAAAUUAAAUUAAGAGUUAUUUAAAAACUAUUGGAAAAACUAAUUUUUCUUGUUUAAAAUUUUGGUUCCUUAUUUUUAUUAUAAAAACUAAAAUAUAUUAAACUUCCAUAGGCUAUAACUUGUGGGCAAUUCCAACGAAAUCUUAAUUAAAUAUACAAUACAAUACAUAAAUAAAACACAGUCUCAUCUUUACUUGUACAUUGACCGGACAGUUUUUAAGUAUUGAUCACAUAUACAUAAUCAUUUAUAAAAAUAUUUACUCUUUAUACUCAAAACAUUCGAAUCAUUAAAUUUCUUAAUUUUGAAAAUUUUCAAUUGAACCAUGUUUUAAAUAUAAGUUUACAAUCUCGGUAACAAUAAAGUGUCUCUUUAAGAAUUGAAAUCAAACCAAUAAUAUUAAUAAAUUAAUUAAUUAAUUAAAUACAAACAAUUUUUUAAUCACACUCUAAUGUUGUGAAUUUUACGAAACGAAAAGAAAAUAUCUGAUGAAAAGCAUUUACAAAAUUUACGAUACAAAGUAAUAUAACAAAAACAAAUUAUUUAUCAUUAGUCUGUAAAAUUGUACUUGUAAGUUUAAAAAUAAAAAAAUAUUAAUUUUUUAGUAGAAAACAUUUUUCAUAUAAAUGUAUUUAUAUUCUACUGUAAUAAAAAUAAAGUCCAUUAAUGUGUAAAAUUUUGAAAAUAA